AUGGCAAAGAAGAGCAAAGGAGUGAAAAAGAGUGGCAAGAAUAGAAGCUCGAGAAAGAUAAUCGACGCAUACCAAAUUGCCGAGAGACAAGAGAGAAAGAGUAAUCCUCGCGAUUUUGAUGACGAUGAAUCAGAUAAUGAUGUUCCAUUUGAAGAAGGUAUAUUGGAUGCAAGAAAGUUUCUACAAGAUGGGCAACAAGAUGAAGAUUUAUUGGAUGAGGAUAUUGAUUCCGAUGAAGCGUUGGCAAGUGAUGACGAUUAUGAUGUUUUGAAUAGUAAGUUUUCACAAACGAUACGAGACAAAGCAAAGAGGAGGAAAUUGGGACAAGAUAGUGACAGUGACCUCGAUGAUGAGGAUGAGGAGUAUGAUAGUAUUGAUGAGGGACAGUUAGUUACAUUAUCGGAAGCCUGGGAUAUGGACGAUCGUGAUCUUGCCCAAGUUAAGGGAAGCAAGGACUCAAAUGAGUUGGUGCUUAAUGACGAUUGGGUGUCAGAGAGCUCUUCUAGUGGCGAAGAAGAUGACGAUGAUGAGGAAGAUGGUGAAGAUGAUGAAGGAGUGGAAGAAGAUUGGGGUGAUACGACAAAAGCAUCCACAUCCGAUCUGGAUUCUGGAUCAGAGGAGGGUGAAUCUGAAGAAGAAGAUGUAUUUGCCCAUGAAUCAGAUGAUGACAAUGAGGGGGUUGAUUUAGUGAAAACAACAGGAAUGUUGAAUAGGGAACUAGAAACGUCCAAACCGAAGGAGCGUAAGAAAUUUAUUGCUGAAACUCGUGCUGAGAAUGAAUUUAGUGUGCCGUCAAACGGCCAAAAAUUAUCAUUAUCCGAUAUGAUGAAGGACGUUAGCGGUGUCGAUAAUAUUCUCAUUGAUCAAGACGCUAAAGCGGUUGCUACACCAUUACCUAAACGUAUUCAGCAAAGAAAUGAUCGUGGUGCUGCUUAUGACUUAGCCAAAAAGGAAGUUAGUAAAUGGAGUGAUACUGUACAGCAAAACAGACAAGCUGAAGUGUUGAAGUUUCCCAUGCAGCAACCAGACCAAAUUAAUGAUUCAGUCUUGACAUUUAGAGCUGAUAAUCAUGUGCCCACAACGAGCUUAGAGAAAAAGGUUAAUGAUUUGCUUACUCAGUCAGCGUUGGUUGACGACAAAAAGGAAGCUACAUUUGAAGAAAUCGCCAUGGCCAAAAUGUCACCCGAGGAAAUGCGUAAACGUACCAACGAGUUAAAACUCAUGAGGGAAUUGAUGUUUAGAGAUGAACGUAGAGCAAAAAGAUUGAAAAAGAUCAAGUCAAAACAAUAUCACAAGAUUAAAAAGAGAGAAAGAUUGAGAAAUCAAGAGUUGGGUGACGAGGUAGAAGAUGUUGGUGACGAAGGAGAAGAUCAUGACAUGGAAAGGGCUAAAGAGAGAAUGAGUUUGAAACAUAAGACUCAGCUGAAAUGGGCGCAAUCAAUGAUCAAGAGUGGAUUGUCGAAAGACGCGUCAAACAGAGAGGAGUUGGAAGAGAUGUUGAGACAGGGGGAACGCUUAAGAGAGAAGCAAUUGGGCCGAAGAGGGGGUGAUGGUGGUGAUGAUGACGAUGAAGGAUUCUACAGUGAUGACAAUUUAGAUCGACUCGAGCGUGAGUAUGUUAAAGAUGGUGACGAUGUAGAUAGAAGCAAGAUUGGAAAGGGAGUAAUGGCGAUGGAUUUUAUGAAGAAUGCCGAGAAGAGGAAAAAAGAAGAGAAUUUAAAACAAAUUGAACAAUUGAGAAGAUUGGAGAGUGGUGAAGAUACGGGGAUCGAUUUAUUUGAACAAGACAAUGGGUUGGUUAAUGUGAAGAAAAAUACUGGUAGACGGGUGUACAAUGCAGCAGCAAUUGAUGACAGUGAUCUAAAUGAAGAUAUUAUGAACCAAGUUGAGGAUGAUAAUGCCAAGUCUUUACAAUCCAAGAUUAAUAAAGUGCAAGUUGUGGAGGAAAAUCAAAACCAAGGACAAAACGGUAAAGCUGAAGUUGAGAAAGUUCAAGUUGAUGAAUCGAAUCCUUGGCUUGCAUCUACUACAGCUAGUACGAAUAAUUUAGAAGCAAGACAAAAGUCGAGUAAAAUUACCACAAUGAUUGAUGAAAAUUCAUCCAAGCUUGCUAAAGCGGCCGCCAAGAUUGCCAAACGUAAGCAGAAAAAUCAUAACGAUACUGAAUCAUUAAUUGAUGUCAAUAAUACGCUAGCAAUUGCCGACAUUCACAAGGAUGACGGAUCCGAUGAUGGAGAAGAAAUCGAUAUCGAUUCGGUGCCAACAAUGUUUAAGCAAAAGGAUUUAAUCAAAGAAGCAUUUGUAGGUGAUGAUGUAACUAGUGAAUUUCAACUGGAAAAGAAACGAAUGAUUGAAGACGAGGAUGAUAAAGAGGAGGAUGUAACAUUACCAGGAUGGGGUGAUUGGACAGGCGGUAGUGGAGGCGCCAAGUCCAACAAGAAGAAGCGGAAAUUCAUUCGUAAAAUCGAUGGCGUGACGCAACGCGAUAAACGUAAAGAUAAAAACUUAUCCAAUGUCAUAAUCAAUGAGAAGUUGAACAAGAAGAUUCUCAAAUAUCAGUCGUCGGAUGUUCCAUAUCCAUUUGAAACUAGAGAACAGUAUGAACAAUCGUUACGAAUGCCCUUGGGACAAGAAUGGACCAGUCGAGAAACCCACCAGAAAUUAACCAUGCCUAGAGUGAUUACCAAGCAAGGUGUUGUUAUUGAUCCAUUAAAAGCUCCGUUUAAGUAA